CGCAGUCUCUGGUCAUUCCCUUCACUGUCCGCAGUCUCUGGUCAUUCCUGCACUAUGUCCGCAGUCUCUGGUCAUCUCCUGUACUAUGUCCGCAGUCUCUGGUCAUCUCCUGUACUGUGUCCGCAGUCUCUGGUCAUCCCCUGUACUAUGUCCGCGCACUGUGUCUCUGGUCAUCCCCUGUACUGUGUCCGCAGUCUCUGGUCAUCUCCUGUACUGUGUCCGCAGUCUCUGGUCAUCUCCUGUACUGUGUCCGCAGUCUCUUGUCAUCUCCUGUACUGUGUCCGCAGUCUCUAGUCAUCUCCUGUACUGUGUCCGCAGUCUCUGGUCAUCUCCUGUACUGUGUCCGCAGUCUCUGGUCAUCUCCUGUACUAUGUCCGCAGUCCCUGGUCAUCCCCUGUACUAUGUCCGCAGUCUCUUGGUCAUCCCCUGUACUUUGUCCGCAGUCUCUGGUCAUCUCCUGUACUAUGUCCGCAGUCUCUGGUCAUCUCCUGUACUGUGUCCUCAGUCUCUGGUCAUCCCCCUGUACUGUGUCUGCAGU